ACACAUACGCGAAAGGUAGUAGCGCCAUUUUGGUUCCCAAAUUGUCCCUGAAGGCUUGCCGUAGCUCGAAGCUGAGGACGCCGUGGGUCAAAGUCGAGCGGCCACCAUGUCCGCACGCAACAUCGCCCGCUUUUGGGAGUGGGGGAGGAAGAUCAUCUGCGUGGGCCGCAACUACGCGGAGCACGCCAAAGAGCUGAAGAACGCCGUCCCCGCCGAGCCGCUGCUGUUCUUGAAGCCCCCUUCGGCCUACGUCCGCGAGGGCUCGCCCAUCCUGGCGCCCGCCUACACGGGCGAGCUGCAGCACGAGGUGGAGCUCGGGGUGGUGAUCGGCAAGGGGGGGGCGGCCAUCCCGCGCUCCGCCGCCAUGGAGCACGUGGCCGGCUACGCGCUGUGCCUGGACAUGACGGCCCGGGACGUGCAGGACGAGUGCAAGGCCAAAGGUCUGCCCUGGACGCUGGCCAAGGCCUUCGACACCUCGUGCCCGGUCAGCGACUUCAUCCCCAAGGAGCGCGUCCCCGAGCCGGGCGACCUCGAGCUGUGGCUGACGGUCAACGGGCAGCUGAGGCAGCGCGGCCGCACGUCGCAGAUGAUCUUCUCCGUCCCUCACCUCAUCAGCUACAUCAGCCACGUCAUCACCCUGGAGGAGGGCGACCUCAUCCUGACCGGGACGCCCGACGGGGUGUCGGCCGUGCGGGAGGGCGACGAGCUGCAGGCGGGCAUCGACGGAGUCGUCACCGUGACCUUCAGAGUCGAGAGGAAAGGUCGCUAGUUCACGAUCCGCGCCGAUGCGGUUCUUGUCCAGCAGGGAGCAGUGGCAGACCGCAUCGCCUUUCAAUUCAAACACCAAAUUGUGCCUUUUGCUUUGCAUGCUCGAAUUGGGCAAGACCGCUUUUUAUUGCUAUGCGCCAUUCACGCACACCCAAGGCGCAAAUCAGGACUCAUUCAGUGAAAGGAUGCAAAUCAACAUCAAAUCCCAACACGAGUCAAGCGAGAAAACAUCAUCUGUCCCUCUGCUGUGCUGCUUAAUUGUCCUCAUUACGCAUGCUGCAUCAUCACCGUUGCUUUGGGAUGUGGCAGGAAGCGCACGCAAACGCCACACGGGGAGGCCGGAUUUCAACACGCAACCUGUGCAACGGCUCCGGUUAAAAGCAUCAAAGAUGUUGGAACCGCAAAAGUUACCAAUGUCGCACACGGCAGUCGUUGGGGAAGUUGCUCGCACAGUUGAGGAGCCUGGAAAGAAAACGCCGCUUGAAUCAGAAUCAGAAUCCUCUUUAUUGGCCAAGUAUGUCCAAAAACACACAAGGAAUUUGUCUACGGUAGUCUCGGAGCCGCUCGAGCACGACAACAGACGGUCAAUUGACAGAGAAACUGCGCCCGACCGACCGACCACCUGAGGGAUCCGCGAGUCUCGGAAGGCGGCUCGAAGCUCUUCAGUAUGUUUCCGUCCACGAUAAAAUGUUCUCAUCCGGUCUUUUGACGGUGCCGAGAGCUCAGGACUGCUCUGAUGUGGUACCGGUACCGUGGAAAACCUUUGUUUUUGUUAUCCAAUCCUUUCAUAGCAGUCAUUUGGGCAUUGAACAGUUUAACCCUGUGGAGAGUACAGAGUUCAACUGAUGUCCAUCCAUUGUCUGUCCCGCUUCUCCUCACGCGGGUCGCGGGCAUGCUGGACCAGCCUGUCCCAGCUAUCUUCGGGCGAGAGGCCCUGAACUGCUCGCUGGCAAACUGAUAUAUAGUAUAUAAAUACUGUCAAUAAUUGUAAUUUAAUUGCAAAGAACUUGCAUUGAAAUUCCUCAUUUUUGCUUUCUGAUUAAACAUUUUUGAAUGA